ACAAAACAAACCAGAGAGGAAGACGGCGUGGAUCGAGAAGAAAUGACAUGAAGUUUUCCUAAAGACGGAUCAAAUUGGAAUUACAACCUUUUUUGUACUAGUAUAUGGGUAGCUUAAAGACAACAUUCAAGUGAGGAGGACAACUCAGCCAUACUUAAAUGUGCUACUAAAGCCUCCAUAUUGAAAACAAGAACUCUUUUUUUUUUUUUUUUUUUUAUGCUUAAAAUCUAAUUUCCUCCAGAGAUUGACGAAAAGAUAGGGUGACUGAGACAGGGGAGGUGGCAGAAAAGUUUCCGUCAAGGAACUGAAGAUCUGUGCUCUGCAAUGCCUCUGCCCAGCAUUAGCGGAAUGGAUACUCCCUUUGGGGAUGCCUAUCAAAACUGCUCUUUUACUGACCAGGCACUGACCAGCACAGACAUGUUGGCUAACAGUUCUGACCCAGAUUUCAUGUAUGAACUGGAUCGGGACAUGACAUGUCGCCAGAGCCCUAGAGGAGAUAUUUUCACAGUCGGAGACUGCAAAGACUUGGACUGCAUGGAUCAUCUACCUGAGCUGGUAGACAACGACCCUGCUUAUUGCUCAAACUUUGAGCAGUGGGACACAUACUGGGAGGACUUGACUAAAUACACUCGCCUCACAAGUUGUGAUAUCUGGGGCACCAAGGAAGUUGAUUUCUUGGGCCUUGAUGACUUUUCCAGCCCUUACCAGGAUGAGGAGGUGAUAGGUCGGACACCGACCCUGGCUCAGCUCAACAGUGAGGACUCGCAGCCAGUUUGUGACACUCUUUACCAUCCGGACUUGCUGGUGGGUCAAAAGCAGCUUUUGUUUCCACCUCCCAACGGGGCCAAGAAGACCAACAAACUCAGCAGCUCUGCAACCAGCGCCUCAUCGAGUCGCAACCCUCUGCCGGACUUCCCAGAGGGAUCCCAGAAAGCUACCUGGCCUGUUCCCUCCAGCACUGACACAAUGGCCAAGGCCCAGCUUCAGGGCUCUAGCAAAGCCUCGCCCGCACUUCUGGACAACAUGGAUUACGUGCGCAAAGCCAAGGUUCGCAUCAGCGUACAACGAAAGCCUAUAGUAGAGAGCUCCACCCAAAUUAGCGUUUCUGCCUCUCCUCUUAUCCAGGAGCAUGAGUCGUCAGCUUCGCAGGUCAGCGAGGACCCAGCCGUCGUCUCUGCUAACACGGCAUCCUCCAUUAGCUGCGAAAAGAGAGUGGAGACUCCUAAACGAGAGGUACCGACUUGUCCUGGUCCAGAAAUAGGGACCCUGAGGACGGUGCCACACAAACUGCACUUCCCUGCAGCUGCCGGCAGUGAAACCUUGCUCACCGUGAGUGCCCUUGGAUCCGACGUGUCUGCUGCUGACAAAAAGGAGGAGGAAGAGCACAACUACUCGUUAUUCUUAACCAGGGCCAGGCUGGCAGGGAAGGCGACUGCUGACAUGGAAGAGGAGGAGGAAGAAGAGGAGGAAGAAGAGGAAGAAGAGGAGGAGGCAGAGGGAUUGGAUCUAGACGAUGAAGACCAUGAUGAAGGGUUUGGCAGUGAACAUGAGCUCUCGGAGAAUGAAGAGGAAGAGGAAGAAGAGGAGGAGGCAGAGGGAUUGGAUCUAGACGAUGAAGACCAUGAUGAAGGGUUUGGCAGUGAACAUGAGCUCUCGGAGAAUGAAGAGGAAGAGGAAGAAGAGGAGGAGGCAGAGGGAUUGGAUCUAGACGAUGAAGACCAUGAUGAAGGGUUUGGCAGUGAACAUGAGCUCUCGGAGAAUGAAGAGGAAGAGGAAGAAGAGGAGGAGGCAGAGGGAUUGGAUCUAGACGAUGAAGACCAUGAUGAAGGGUUUGGCAGUGAACAUGAGCUCUCGGAGAAUGAAGAGGAAGAGGAAGAAGAGGAGGAGGCAGAGGGAUUGGAUCUAGACGAUGAAGACCAUGAUGAAGGGUUUGGCAGUGAACAUGAGCUCUCGGAGAAUGAAGAGGAAGAGGAAGAAGAAGAGGAGGAGGAGGAGGAGGAGGAUGAUGAGGACUAUGAGGGCGACAAAGACGACUACGUUAGUGAUGCAUUCUCAGAGCCAGGAUGUGACACUGAUAUGGGUGAUGAUGUCAAAGGCCUGACGGCUGGAAUUUCCAGGAAGAGGGGAAAGCGUCGAUACUUUUGGGAGUAUAGCGAGCAGCUCAUCCCAUCCAAACAGGAGCGCAUGCUGAAACCCUCCGAAUGGGACAGAGACACGCUUCCCAGCAACAUGUACCAAAAGAAUGGCCUGCACCAUGGAAAAUACACAAUGAAGAAGUCACGGCGGACGGAUGUGGAAGAUCUUACUCCAAACCCUCGAAAGCUGCUUCAGAUUGGCAAUGAACUCCGGAAACUCAAUAAAGUCAUUAGUGACCUGACGCCGGUUAGUGAGUUACCCCUAACCGCUCGGCCUCGGUCUCGAAAGGAGAAGAACAAGCUUGCAUCCAGGGCCUGCAGGCUGAAAAAGAAAGCGCAGUAUGAAGCCAACAAAGUCAAGUUAUGGGGCCUUGGAACUGAAUAUGAUCGUUUGCUGUUUGUGAUCAAUGCAAUCAAAGAAGAGAUCGUCAGCAGAGUACAGGAUAUCACGCAUGACAAAGGAACAAGCAUGACAGAGAAGCUGGAUAAACUCAUUGAGGAUACCUUAGUGCAGCCACCAGUGGCCGGCCAGACUUCAGACUUUGUGAAUCAGAUCCUGGAGAGCACUGGGAAAGGAGAUCCCACCGGAGGGCUGGUGGGGUUGCGUGUGCCCACGUCGAAGGUGUAGAGUCAUGCCGACUGGCACCUCGAAGCCAUCCACGCCAUUCUUGUCCCACACUGUAACGGCCCAACACUCUGCAUGCCCAUUUCACUUGGAGACGCAUCCUCACAUUUAAAGUGAAUGCACGCAUACGAUACCCGCUUGCGGUUGUGUAUAUUCGUAUGUGUAUAUUCACCUCGUGUGCACCAAUGGAAAUGAAACUAGUAGUUAACCUUUGCACUCAGUAGUCUGUUUCCUACCAUGUGUGCAUGUGGCUGGUAUCGAUCAACAGGCUGCCAUGUUGCAAAUAUUAAAAGCCAAUAUAUGAGAUACCUCCACCAAAUGAGAAAAAGAGAGAGAAAAGAGCUAAACAAAGAAGCACCAGUUCUUGCUGUAGCCAUUUUCCUCUUGCGUCCAGCUAAAUCUGUCAAAUGCCCAUUGAGAGUUUUGGGAAGCAGAGGCACACUCUGCAGAGAAACUACGAAGGCAUUAGAUCCUUUGAUUUAGCGGUCAAAAAUGUGUAAAUGCAGACUUUCCGAGUUUUUGAACAUGGCGUGUACGAUUUCACCCUUGUUAGGCCUAUUUAUACACUUAUUAAUCUCUCAACUGAGGGCAUAAGUGUCCAGGAGAAUUCCUGUUCGAACCAAUUGUUUGAUGAUCAAUUGAGAAGGAACACGAAUACCGAUGUUUAACGCAAAGUUACUGAUGUUCGGUGUAUAUAUAUGUAGAACAGGGAUGUUUCAAGAGAAUAGCAUGUGAGGAAGCGGGCCUCAAAUGCCCUUUCCCACAGAUUUGCGAUCGUCUCAGGUUGGUAAGAGAGAGAGUGUGUGUUUUUUCUUCUUCUUCUUCUUCUUCUUCUUCUUUCUUUGACUUGAGCAGAUGGUCAGUUAAAUCCCUUAUUGUAAAUAGGCAGAUCGAUUGAUUAUUAUCCACUGGUGAAAUCUUUUCCUUUCUACACUUUGGUUGAAGUGCCCUCACGUCAAAUCACGUUGAUGUUGUUUUGCAAAUUCUCAGCGAAAGAGGCUUAAAAAACUGAAUCCCAGACUGGGUUUUGUUUAUAUUUGUACUUUAUACAAGUAAGAUUCAUUGUGCCUUGCAAUCGCGGAGUUGAGGAAAAAUAAAACUCAAUAGAGAGCGCAAAUGGACCAUUUUGCAGAAAGCAAGAAGUCGAAGCUCUUUAAAGAUACUCUGAAUGUACAUAGGAACAUGGAGAAUAUAGAUAUAUGCCACAGAGUCUGUGCUUUGUAUCAUAAGAUGGCUCUGGCAAAUGUACUUUUUUCGGUACUUCGUUUAAG